AUGGGCCUAUGGCCCUCUCAAAGCGCGACACGGCCACGAUUCGUUGAGCUGCGAUCGUCCAAAUGGUUCAUCAUGUUUGUUGUCUCGUUCGCGGCGGCGACGGAUAUCUUCAUGUAUGGACUGAUCGUCCCGGUGACGCCGACGGCCCUGCAUGAUAGAGUGGGGCUGUCGGAGGGGAGUAUCCAGAGCUGGACUUCGAUCCUGCUGGCGCUGUACUCGGCUGCCUUGUUGGCGUUCUCGCCGAUGGUCGGAUACCUGGCUGAUCGGUCUGAGUCGCGUCGAUGGCCGUUGUUAAUUGGGUUGGUGGCGCUGGGCGCUGCGACGGCGCUGUUGUGCGUCGGCUCGAAUAUUGGCUUGUGGAUUGCUGGUCGUGUGUUUCAAGGUGCUGCUGCUGCUGUGGUUUGGUCGGUUGGUCUGGCGCUGAUGGUUGAUACUGUUGGCAAGGAGGAUCUUGGCCAGGCUAUUGGGUAUGUGUCUAUGGGGAUUAGUGUUGGGACGUUGGCUGGACCUUUGCUUGGUGGUGUUGUGUAUCAAAACGGUGGAUACUAUGCUGUUUUCGGUCUUGCCUUUGGUCUCAUUGGAGUUGAUAUCUUCCUCCGGGUUAUCCUCAUUGAACGUCGACAUGCGAUUAAAUGGCUUGCGCCGGAGAGACCCGUGUCUGCGAAUCGAAAGGAAACUACCGAACAAGAAACGAAGCAUACGCAGAGCUCGUCCGCUUCCAACAUAUCGGAUACCGAUGUCUCGCCCAAGUCACCUCCUUCGCGAAGUGCGCUGCAUCGUGUCGGCACUCUACUGAAAUCACCCCGUCUUAUCGUCUCCCUCUGGGGAUACUUUAUCAUAUCCCUGGUCCUGACCUCUUUCGACAGUGUCCUGCCACUCUAUGUACAAGAAACAUUCAAUUGGCAGCAGACCGGCCAAGGACUAAUCUUCAUCCCACUCAUGGUCCCCCACAUCCUGGAUCCCGUUACGGGAUUCGUCAUUGACAAAUUCCCCCGGGCAUCCCGCUACAUGACCGCAGGAGUCUUCCUCGCCUCUGUUCCCGUGAUGACACUGCUGCGUCUCGUCACGGAUAACACCAUGCAGCACAAGAUUCUACUGUGUGCGCUUCUUGCUCUCGUCGGUCUCUGCUUUGCAAUUGCCAUGCCUCCUAUCGUGGCCGAAGUGUUCUACGCCGUGCAAGAAAAGGAAGAUGAAACUCCUGAUAUCUUCGGCCGCGGCGGGGCUAUGGCUUUGGCUUUUGGUCUUUCGAAUAUGGGAUUCGCGGCGGGGAGUCUGAUUGGGCCGUUCUUUGCUGGUUUUAUUCGACAGGAGGCGGGCUGGGGCACUAUGGGCUGGGCUCUGGGACUCUGUGUUGGUGUCUCGGCAGUUCCAGUCUUUCUGUUCUUGGGUGGAUGGAUUCUACGGAAGCCGAAGCCGUCUGAAGAUACUCCAAUCACCGAGGAUCCUGCCUAG